AUGGCAAGUAGUUUGGUAAAUGUCGCUUCAUAUAAUCUUCGAGGAGUUAGAUAACCACCCAACGAACAAGGCACUAAUGAUUAUCAAAGUGUGUAAAACUAAGCUAAGGGGAAACUUAGCGGUUUCUAUACCUCUAGACCAUCAAUAUAUGGCGAAUAAAUUCUAGCUAAAACUUAAAGCAUCGAAGUACCGAUAAAAGACGUAAAAUACAAAGAUACAAUGUUUCAAGGCACAGCACAGCAUUUAUUGGCAAGUAGUCCAUCUCUUAUUAUAAACAAGGAAUAUGAAAAACCUAGAUAUGGUGAUGCAUCUAUUUAAUUCAAGCAUCCAACUUAUUUGCCUAAUCAUCCGAAUAAAAAGACCGAGAUAACUCUUGAGCAUUAAGAAAUGCAAAGAGUUCCGUUAUCUACCAGAAGAAGAGGUAUAUUGAUGCAAGAUAACGUUGAUCUAAAACAAGAAUUCUUAAAAUCUGUGGAUUUUGAAACAACUAAAGGAUUUAAAACUCUAAACCUUGAAACAGAUAGAUAUAAGGAUGAACUAGAUCAUCUUCAUUCAAGUAUAGAUUCCUUGUUUUAUAAUAUUUAAUACUAGGAGUCACUGUUGAUCCAGCAAAACUACAAUAGUUUCAUAGUCCUUUCUAGUGGCAAGAAACUCCAAGAUAAAAUCCCUAACUACAUUACUAGAGUCCUCUUGUCUCUCGGAGAAUGA